GUAGAAUCUCCCAUCUCUCUGUAAAAAAUGCAUCUGGAACUCAACCAGAGAUAUUUUCUUCACCUCAUAAGCCUCGUUUUAAUCCUUUACGUCCCGGGUUCCUUGUGUCAAAAUGGAGGGGAGGAAUAUGUAACCUGUGGUGCACCAUAUCGAUGUGGCGACAUCCAAAACAUUACUUAUCCUUUCUGGGGAGGGACUAGGCCGGAUUAUUGCGGUUUAUCAGACUUCCAGCUGAAUUGCCAAGGCGAUGUCGCGUUUCUUAAUAUCUCGUCAACGCAAUAUCGCGUCCUGGAAAUCAAUAACACCACACAGACUAUCCAGGUUGCUAGAGAGGAUUUAUGGAACACCACUUGUCCCAGUUUUCUUUAUAACACCACCUUAAAUUUAAACCUCUUUACGCCUUCUCCUGAUUACAGAAACGUUACUAUAUACUACGGUUGCUCCUCUAACGGACAGCCUACACAGCUCCCUAACCAGUUCAGUUGCGAUGUGAACGGAACCAAUACUGAAAGUUUCUACGCGAUGGGGGAAGUUACUGAUCCUGGUAGUACUAUCAGAUGUAACAGUAGUAUAAACGUUCUCAUCAAUCAGAGUUUGUUGGCACUUCCAACUGCCUCAGUUCCUCGUCUUCUUCAGGAUGCUUUUGCCAGUGGGUUCUCGUUGCAGUGGGAGGCGAAUAAUAGGAUUUGCCUGGAUUGCAUCGGGUCAGGUGGGCUGUGCGGGACUAAUCGGGAGUCUGGCUCAUUUGCCUGUUAUUGUGCUAAUAGAACUUCUGCACUAACCUGCAACGAUGCUCCAACUGGGAACGGUAUGCUCCAACUGUUAUCUACUCGGCUUCGCAUUUUAUUUUUUUUAAAGAAAAAAAAUCUCACAAUUUAUUUCUCUAUUUUCAAUUUCAUUUUAAAGGCGUAUUUGAUGUUCAUAGCCACCAUUCUAGGGGCGGCGUAUUCCCAAGACGCCACUGCGCCACCCUCCAGUUCUCCACCACCACCUGUUAUGCCAACUGGCUGCGGGGGAUUGAAUAUCUGCCUUGAGGAGGCCUUAGUGCAUGGUUUCAGUGUGAAUUAUAGGGAACCAUUUGAGAGUAACUGUUCUAAGCGUAAUAGAUUUGGCGGUCAAUGCGGGUUUGAUUCGGGUCUAGGUCAACCCGUUUGCAUAUGUAACGAUAGGCCUUGUCCCUUUGCUUUGACGACUCCUCAGGCCUACCUAGCUGGGAAUUAUAGAAAUAAAUGUUUAAUGCUAAGCUGUGCAUAUUCAACAUUGUCACUAGGUCUCAUUGAGAGUGCAAGACACUUCUUUGGAUCAGCUCAGUGCUUUGUUAAGACUAUCAUAGCAGGAAAUUCUAAUAUCUCGGUGGCUUAA